AGGAGGAGGAGAAUUUUGGGGUGAAAGUGGAGCUGAGGAAAUGAGAAGAAACUUUCCACAGUAUGCUGUUCGCGUCCUUACAGACCUUACAUUGGGCUGUCAGCAGAAGGUUCGGGAUCAGAGAGCGUGAAGCUGCAGAGUAUGACAGUCCGGGCAGGAGGAUGUAGCUCACCUGAGGAGCAGACCUGAGUUUCUAUAGUGUAAACACAGCGGAACCGAAUUCCCGAUUUAAUGCACAGGCACUUCGUCACCAGUGAUGAGUUGGCUCCUGUUAUGUAUUCUGACAGCAGCUGGGAUUCAACAGGCCUACUCUUUGAAUUCCACUGCCAUGCCACCUGCCACAGCCCUCACUACUCCAACUGCAGACCCGUACAACGUAACGCGAUACUGCAAGUGGCCCUGUGAGUGCCCCAAGGUGGCUCCCAAGUGCCCUGCAGGUGUAAGCCUCCUAAUGGACGGCUGCGACUGCUGCAAGGCCUGCGCAAGGCAGGUUGGGGAGGAGUGCAAUGAGGCCGACACCUGCGACUACCACAAGGGGCUGUACUGUGACUACAGCUCGGACAAGCCUAAGUACGAAAAAGGAGUGUGUGCAUAUAUGACAGGAACGGGCUGUGAGUAUGACGGCGUGCUCUACCGUAAUGGUCAGAGCUUCAAGCCCAGCUGUAAAUACCAGUGUGUGUGCGUGAACGGCGCCAUCGGUUGUGUGUCCCUGUGCUCAGAGUCCCAGCCUCCCAGAGUUUGGUGCAUAAGUCCACGGAGAGUCAAAGUCCGGGGGCAGUGCUGUGAACAGUGGAUCUGUGAUGAACCAAGGAGAGGGCGCAAGACAGCGCCUCGGCACGCAGUGGAGGGUAGGACACCAUCCGGAUACAAAGAGGCCAAUAAUCAUGUUGCUAAAGAUCAUGUUGUUUUCUCAACUGAGAGCAGGAGCUGGCACAAGAACUGCAUCACCCAGAUCACUUCAUGGAGCCCCUGCUCCAAGACCUGCGGCCGCGGCCUGUCAUUGAGGAUCUCCAACGCCAACGAUCAAUGUGAGCUCAUCCAAGAGUCCCGUCUCUGCAACCUGAGGCCAUGUGAGGCAGACAUCACCAAACAUAUCAAGCCAGGAAAGAAGUGCCUGAAUAUCUACAGAGAAGAUCAGCCAUCAAAUUUCACCAUUUCUGGUUGCACCAGCAAGAAGCAGUACCGGCCCAAAUACUGCGGCGUUUGUACCGAUGAGCGCUGCUGCAUCCCGUACAAGUUGAAGACCGUCGACGUGGAGUUCGAGUGUCCAAACGGGACCGGAUUUACCUGGAAGAUGAUGUGGAUCCAAGCGUGCUUCUGCAACCUUAGCUGCAGAAAUCCCAACGACAUCUUUGCAGAGCUGGAGAGCUACUAUGGUUAUCCAGAGGUCAUGAACUAAAAUGUAGCAAUGUGGCAAAGAAUACUUGUAUUUUUUUUUCAAGAUAUAUUUUGAGUUUUUCAUGUGCAAUCUAUAUUUUUUCUAUUGGAAAAAAUUGUAAAUAUGAAAUAUGCCUCAAACAUGGAUUCAUGUAGCAAGAAUAUUUGAAGAGGUAAAACAAUAAAAACCCUAUAUUUAAAGUUUA